CGGUUGGGUUGGGUUGCACGAUCGGCCUCUGAGGAAGCGGCCAUGGCGGCGGGGCGGCUUCCACUCACUUCCGCCUGUGGCGGCCGUUCUUUCCGAGACUGAGGGGAAAACGGGCCGGGCUCGGGGACAGAAAUGGCGGGGGUCCCGCGGUUAUGGCCGCUGCUGCUGCUGCUGCUGCUGCUGCUGGCCGCGGCCUUGGCGGCCCCCGAGCAAGAAGUCAACCGCGAGCGAGACUUCCCGCCUCACCAGGAGCAGCAGAAGCCGGCGCCGGCGCCUCACCAGCAGCCGGCGGUGCAAGGGCCGGACCUCCUCCGGGCUGAGAAAGGACCUACCCUCGUUGUUCCCGUCCAUUCUGUUAGCGAAGAGUCUUCAGACAAAACUAACCUAGGAUUUAUCCAUGCAUUCGUGGCUGCGAUUUCUGUCAUCAUUGUUUCAGAACUGGGCGAUAAAACCUUCUUCAUUGCUGCUAUUAUGGCAAUGCGUUACAAUCGCUUAACAGUGCUGGCUGGUGCUAUGCUGGCCUUAGGGCUGAUGACGUGUCUAUCUGUUUUAUUUGGUUACGCUACCACAGUAAUUCCUAGAAUAUAUACCUACUACGUGUCAACAGCACUCUUUGCAAUUUUUGGUAUCCGAAUGCUUCGAGAAGGCAUGAAGAUGAGCGCAGAUGAAGGUCAGGAAGAACUAGAGGAAGUCCAAGCAGAACUCAAAAAGAAAGAUGAAGAACUCCAGAGAAUGAAACUCUUAAAUGGCCCUGGAGAUAUGGAAGCGGGUACAGGCCCUGCAAUACCUCAGAAGAAAUGUCUGCAUUUUAUUUCUCCAAUUUUUUUGCAAGCAUUCACUUUAACGUUCCUAGCUGAAUGGGGCGAUCGCUCCCAAUUGACCACCAUUGUCCUGGCAGCAAGAGAGGACCCCUACGGUGUGGCUGUGGGUGGAACACUUGGGCAUAGUUUGUGUACAGGCCUAGCGGUGAUUGGAGGAAGAAUGAUAGCACAAAAAAUCUCAGUUCGAACUGUGACAAUCAUAGGAGGCAUUGUUUUCUUAGCCUUUGCAUUCUCUGCACUAUUUAUAAGCCCAGAUGUUGGAUUUUAGCAGGACUAUUUUUCCUCCUUUUCCUUGAAGAAUUAGAACCAGUGACUGCCAUUCGGCUUCCUGUAUAUAAUGUACAGCUACUUAUUCAAACAAGCACUGAAGGUGGGAUGCUGUAAUUUUUAUAGUAACAAUUAGUUUGAUAUGUUUUGUAGAUACAGUCUCUGCUGAACAAUUACAUGAUCUAUAUAUUUGGGAUAGGAAUAAUGUACAUUUGCUUACUGUACCGACUCAGAUAAACUGAGGUUUCAGCUCCUGAAAUUUUGCGGAGUUAUUUUACUUGCAGAUGUCCAAAAAAACACUGCUUGAAAACCCCCCCUUCGAUUUUAUUUCUCAAGUACAUGGUUCCACAAUCAGAAAUGGAGAGCUGUGCCAACAAUUAAGUCAUCUAUUCAAGAUAUUGAGCGUGGUGGACUUGUGGAAGAAUCAGGAUAUUUUGAUAUGGAAUGUGCUAAUUCAGAAAUGGUCUCAAAAUACAGAAUCCAUCUAGAUAUUUGCAGAUCAAUUUUUGUAUUUUACCGAACAUUUGAUGCAUUUUCAGAUUAAAAUAUUCUUAAAGUG